AUGGAAAGCCAGAAAGACAGAGUGAAACUCAAUGUUGGUGGAAAAAAGUUUGAAACAGGUGCUGGCAGGAAUUCAUUCUUCGGAAGCACAUUUGAUGAGAAUUGGAACUUGCAUUCCAAUCAGAAAAUUACCGAACACUUCAUUAAUAGAGACCCUGAUUAUUUCAGUGUCCUUUUGGACUUACUUAGAACAAGAGAGCUUUAUAUUACUCCGAAGAUCGAUAAAAAGAUGCUAUACAAAGAUGCUCUGUAUUAUGGCAUUCAAGAUCAUGUCAGUGUACAAUUGAAUGCUAGAAGAGCAAUCUAUAAUAAGUGUUGUUAUCCGAAACUGGCAUUUCACGAGGGAAAAUUGUUCUCAUCAUAUGGAGACACCAUUUCAGUGUAUUGUGGUUCUCAUUGGGUUCCAACAUCACAGCUUCAACAGAUUCAUGGUGGUCCGAUUUGA